CGAAGCUGGAAUCAAUAAGACUGUGAUACCGAUUGUUAUUUAGUACGUUCGUGAUCUUUGUAACGCUGAGACGCGCGACUGUCGAGUGCCGUAGAAUUUCGGUGAAAGAAGUUAAGGACAGGGCGACGAUUCCUUUCGUUCGGUUCGACGACGAGUGCUUCUUGGAAAACCUAUACUUGGUAGGGUACGAAAUACCGCUGAACGAACAAAUUUUCCGCCUCCCCCUAACCGGAAACUGAUUAUGGUGGAGGCGCCUUUUAGUAUGUAUGUGCGCAUAUGAGACCAGUAGGAAUAGGAUAAGCCAGGAGAACGACUUCCAAGCUGAAGAAGAAGAAGGAGAAGAAAACUAGCAAUAAUUUAUAGCUGCUUGGGCGAUUAAGGACACCGCUGAACAUACUGUUCUAGUGUGCUGGUAUUUCCUUUUUUACUGUCCACCACCUCAAGGAUCAUAUGUGCUGCCAGUAUUAUUUGGUAACUUAAGAAAUGAUUAUGCCACGUAACGAGUAGCAGGAAAGUUGACAAUGAUAAUAAUGAUUAUUAUAGUCGUUUGAGUAUGUGAAUAUGUGUGCAGAUAUGUCGCACUGCCAUCGAAUUCAUUCAGAAUCAGUUCAACAUCAAAUCCGGAUUGACGGAAGUGGCAAUCGGAAGUGACAGAGAGAAGUGAAGUGAUAUUAGAAAUGAAAAUUGUUAUGUUCAAUCGGGUUUAUGUAAUCGAUUGUAACGAGAAAAUGUGGAGCCUCCCGAUAAUUCGAUGAUGAUAGCCGUGUGAAAAAAUAUAUUAACACUUCUGUUGAUAUUAGCAAGGCUGGCGAUAUUACUGCGAUAAUUGCGGUGAAGAGUGAUUUAAAGUGAUCCUUUGAGCUCGGUGGAAUAAUUCUCACUGUGUUUUAUUGCUGAAUUCGAGCGACACGAUAGCAGUGAUCAAUGUGUUUGUUUUAAUCCAGAUUGGAGCUCCGCGGGUGUUAUCCUUUAAUUGAGUACUCGAUAUUUCACGAACAGAAUAAUCGAUGGGGAGUUAACUUUAGAGAGUAUUUGUUAACAAUGUCACGUUCCAGAAGGAACGACGGUGGUUGUCAUCAGACUGGUCCAACAAGAGAGAACACAACACGCGAAAUAUCAACGAGGAAAUAAUGUGUCUGAUGUUGACACUUCAGUUGAAGUACAAAAUAUUAUACAUUCAUGUCUUCGAGAAUCUUAAACGAGCUCGGGUUUGAUGUUAGUGACAAAACAAAAUUGAGCGGUAAUCCGUCUUCUUGGGAAUGGAAUAAUAGAAAUGAAAUUAUACAUUUUAUUUCCGCAAAUAAUAAACAAAGGGCCUGAUUACGUCAAAAAAAAAUGAAAAUGAUGUUCUUAUGUUAGUGAUCAAUUCGAAUUUUACAUGCUAGGCAUUCCAUAGUUUCAUCAAUCUAAUACGUGAUGGUAUUUUUCGUAUGCCAUGGGAGUCGUCGAGAGCAAUCAAUGAACAAACUUCUAUACUCGGCUCAGAUGACUGCAAAGGACUCUGGUGAAAUAAAUACGAUAUCAAAGUGCAAUCGUCACAGCCAAGGGGAACGUCCUGGCAGAGAUGGUACAAAUAGUAAUGAGAGUGAUAAAGUGUUAAGCAAACCAAAGCUUGGCUCAUGUGGCAGAAUGGAAACGGUCAAGCGAACAGCAGUGUUGUUAGCAUUAGUUUCCCUGGUGAUGACAUUUCCAGUCAGCGGUGGAAGCUACACGGACACGGAAGAUUUGAUCAACGAGCUAGACAGACCAAUUCCCAUCACGUUGGUGAGUGGUGUGCUCGGUAAGCAGGCGAGCCUUCCGUGUGACAUCCGGCCGCUGGAGCGGGACGACGCAGUUUACAUGGUGCUGUGGUUCAAGGAAGAGGACAACGAGCCACUUUACAAUUUCGACAUCCGAGGUCGGCAGGUGGCACAGGCACGUCUUUUUUCGUCGGAAAAAUACUUUGGCAAAAGGGCGUUCUUCCGAGCGACAAGCCAUCCGGCCCAGCUGCUGGUGGAUGAACUCAAACUGUCGGACGAAGGAAUCUAUCGGUGUAGGGUGGACUUUCGCAACUCUCCCACUCGGAAUGUAAAAAUUAACUUCACAGUCGUAGUUCCACCGGAUCGACCUGUAAUAUACGAUUCUCGACGUCGGGAGAAAACCAACACCGUCGAACCCUAUAGUGAAGGCAGUGAUAUCCAGUUAGUCUGCGAGGUGAAGGGAGGUCGGCCCAGGCCUAACGUGACAUGGUACCUAGACAACACGGUGAUAGACGAAUCGUACGAGACCCGCCCGGAUGGCACGACGGUCAAUCAUCUUUCCUAUCCGAACAUUGGGCGCCAGCAUCUGGACGCUCGAUUGAUGUGUGUUGCCAGCAAUACAAAUCUUACACCUCCGAAUAACAAGGUUGUGGUACUGGACGUCAAUUUAAAACCAGUGGCAGUGCACAUUCUGGUCAAGGAGAAAUUCGUUUCCGCCGAUAAACGGUACGAUAUCGAAUGCAAGAGUUCUGGAUCCCGCCCGGAAGCAGUUAUUUCCUGGUGGAAAGGAUCUCGCCAGCUGAAACGGUUGAGUAAAAAUUUCGCCGAGACCGGAAACCAAUCGUUAAGCGUACUUUCUUUUACACCAACGGUUGACGAUGACGGAAAAUACCUAACCUGUCGAGCGGAGAAUCCUCUCAUCCCGGACAGUGCCAUUGAAGACAAAUGGAGACUCGUAGUACAUUAUAUGCCAAUUGUUACACUGAAAAUGGGAUCAUCGUUAAAUCCAGACGACAUCAAGGAGGGCGAUGAUAUAUACUUCGACUGUCACAUCCAGUCGAACCCGAAACCAUACAAACUGGCGUGGUAUCAUAACGGAAACGAGCUACAUCACAACGUCACAGCAGGUGUUAUUCUUUCGGAUCACUCGCUGGCACUGCAAGGUGUUUCUCGAAUUUUGGCUGGUGACUACACGUGCAUGGCGGCCAACACGGAGGGGCGGGGAACCAGCAACCAUGUUACUCUACGAGUUCGUUAUGCACCAGUAUGCGCAACGGACCGUGAAGAGCUGCUCGGUGCACUCAAGCACGAAACGCUGCAGCUCAAGUGCGAGGUAGAUGCAUCUCCGCCGGCAGAAUCCUUUCAUUGGACUUUCAACUCAUCUGGUGAGCAAACAGAGCUACCGGCGAGGCUACAUUCGAGCGAGACUGGCUUAUCGCGGCUCAAUUACACACCCACAUCAGAUCUGGACUACGGAACAAUAUCCUGCUGGGGGCGAAAUACCAUCGGAGUGCAGAAAUCACCUUGUAUAUUCCAAGUUGUGGCAGCAGGACGACCUUUCGCAUUACAGAACUGUACGAUAUCCAACCAAUCUUCCGACUCGCUACACAUUGAAUGCAUCGAAGGCUUCGACGGUGGUCUGCCGCAAAUGUUCCUGCUGGAGCUGGUCGAAGUGCCCGCUCUGAGGCUAGUUAGAAAUUUAAGUUUACAGCAUCCCCCAGUGCAAUUUUUCUUAGAUAAUCUAGAGCCCGGCGCCUCGUACCGGAUCAUCCUGUUUGCAGCGAACGCAAAAGGUCGCUCCGAGCCAGUGAUAGUGGAUGAUAUCACCUUCAAGGGUGUAGCCAAGUACACUGGUGUAUCCAACGUUAUGAAUGUUCCUUUAUCGCCAGUAUUAGCCGCAUUAACACUUACGGUAGCGAUUCUGUUUGCCGUAGUCUGCAUCGUGCUUGCUACCAUCUAUCGACGACACGCUAGCAAGAAUUCGUCCAAGAAGCUAAAAUCUGCCAAAGGUUCACACCUCACCCCUAUAGACUGCCAAAUUGACUCAACCGCUCAUCAUCAUCACCAGACGCACGAUCCAAACGGAAUCCAGACACCAUUGGUGGACGGAAGUGGGACUUUCGGUCGGCGGAGUCCACAAUCGUCCGGUGAGCCACCAGAUGGUGAUGAAACUGAUCCGGAUGUUAUCCCCAAUCAAUAUGAGCGGAGGCCACCGAAAACGACACUACCCGCACCAUUGUUUCGCAGUCCGUCGGCUCGAUUGAUAAACCGUAACGGAGGCGAACACUUGCUCCAUGAAGAGGAGCGCCAUUGUGAUGGAUCCAGUCUAGCGUCGCUAACCGGAUCAAGCAAUGAAGUACAUCAUUAUUCCUUCAAUCCUAGUAAACAAAUUAGUUAUGCAACGCUCGGUCGAGCAAACAAUAGUGGCAGCAGCGUUCAGUCGACACUCAGUCCGCUAAGUCAUCAGGCCCCGUCCGGGAGCACGACGCUGCCACUGCCAGCGAUAGUGGGUGGCGUAGGUGUCGGCGUGAGCAGUCUGCUGAGCAGCCCCGCAUCUCAGUCGCACGUCACAUCCUCGCUCAAUGAGUACCGGUUUCGACCGGAAGUGGUGACGACAUCCAACCGAAUACAGGAAAGUUGUAUAUAAUAGUUCCGUAGAGCGUAUGAUUGUACCUUGCUAAAUGUUUGCGGUCUUUGCGAAUGAGAUUUAUUUUCUCUGGUAUACUCGAAGAAUCAGUUUAUGUCCGUAGUCAAAGUUAUCAGGAUUAGCAGAUACAUUCGAGAUCUGGUCGAAAAUUGAGUGCAUGUAUGAAGUGAAAAAAUAUCAACAAUUAAUACUCGAUAACAUAUUUUAAGUAGAUCAUGUAAUGGCAUCGAAGCAAACGAAUUAUUAACCAUGGAAGAAUCCGAAACAGCUCUUGGUGAAACCUUAUGUGAAAUAGAUAACUGGAACUUAUAAAGUUUUAUCAUUAUUUUUUAAUAGUGAAUUUUCCAAAAGAGUGGUCAUCGACCUUUGUAAACUGCUAGAAACUAGUACAGUAUUAGACGAAAGAUCGAUUUUAAAGCUCAUCGAAUCUAACCUUUUCCUGUGAACGAAACACUUCCAAAAAUGACAUCGCUUAAAAUUGUGUUUCGACUUUAAAUCCAACAUGAUGAAAGACCGAGAAAUUGCGUUACUGACUGGACAAUAAUCGCACACUAGUCGAAAAACAAUUCGAUUCAUAAAUAUAUCAAAUGCGUGGAAACGAAGCAGGAAGUAAGUGGAAAACUACACAUAUGACUGAAUCAUAUCGAUUUCCGCAGAUUAGUUCAAAUGUGACACAGUUCAUCACGCUAUAAGAAAGAAUUAAGCAAAAGAAAAGAUGAACCACCAAAAAAUAUGUUAAGGCGUCUGAAUGAGAUCGAUACGGAGAAACUCCGAAGAAACAAAUACUUCUUUAUGUGACAUCAAUGAUAUUGUAGAUACUGUGUGCUAAGAUUUAGUAGUGAAGAAGCAAUGCCUGUUUCAAUUUGUAUAAACAAUGUAAACGAAGGUUACGAAACUGUGUACUAAAGAUGUCAAGAACCUGUGAACUCUAUAUAGGAAAAGAAACUCAAACGUUGAGAGAAUGAAUAAAACAAAUUUUAUUAAAACCGUA